UAAUGCUUGAAUUAGGGAUACUGUUGGUACUUCUGAUAGCAAAUUGUCUCCCUCCCACCACAAACAAAGUCAACCUGCUUUCAGUCUUACUACUGAAGAAUGACGAUUCUGCUGUGUGCACAAAUCCUCAUUCUGAGGGGCCUAUCUGAGGUUUCAGGUGACACAGUUCUACCUUUAAUCCAGAAAAUAGAGGACAUUUUUGUAAAUAAAUGAUGACUUAUUUUCCACUAUUUUUUCAUCAACAGCUAAUGUGGAUGUUUUCAAGAAUAUUCCUUCAUUAUAUAAUGAUCUUUGUUUUGCUUUUAGCCAACUCAUUCUGCUAUUAUUAGGGAACCUGUUAGCACAUCCAAAUUUCUCUCUUUCCUUUCCCUCCCUCCUUCAGCCCAAAACUGAUUUUAAAAAUUUGCUCUAUAAGAUUUCCUAGCCGUUCACUGCCAGUUUUGGGGAUGCACAGUGUACUAAUCACUUGUUGCUGUUGCACUUGUGAAAACAUUUCAAUCGACAGAACCAACCCCACUGGAUCCUAUCUUAUGUUUUCUGUUUUGUUCAGUUGAUUUGCACUUCUUGCUUUGAGAAAGUAUUUUGUCCAAUCCCACAAUUUAGCAUUUGGCGAAAUAUGUAAAAUCUAGAUGCAUUUGUGGCUGUCCAAAGAAAGAAAGGAAAGGAAAGGAAAAGCAAAAAGAAAAUACGUCUUCCCUGUUUUAGAAUAUACAUCAAUGACUGCUUCUUAUCCCAUAUUAUUCAUUAUUCAGCCAAUGCAUGCUUGAUCCCCAUAUGUUCACUAUAUGGCACCGCAGUUGUCACUGUGGAAGGAAUUGGAAAUACGAAAACCAGGAUUCAUUCAGUUCAGGAACGAAUUGCUAAAAGUCAUGGGUCUCAGUGUGGCUUCUGCACCCCUGGAAUGGUGAUGUCCAUCUAUGCCUUACUGCGUAACCACAUGGAACCCACAUCAGAUCAGAUAAUUGAAGCUCUAGCUGGUAAUUUAUGUCGCUGCACUGGUUACCGACCUAUUAUUGAUUGCUGUAAGACUUUUUGUAAGGAAUCCAUUUGUUGCCAAAACAAAGAGAAUGGGGGUUGUUGUUUAGAUAAAGAAGACCAAUUAUCUGUGUUACCUAACAAGGAAAAAAAGACCUAUACAUCACUGUUCUCUGCAGAAGAAUUCCAGCCCUUGGAUCCCACCCAAGAACUGAUUUUUCCUCCAGAACUCAUAAAAAUGGCUGAAAAUGAAACAAGGCAAACACUUACUUUUCAUGGGGAAAGAACAACAUGGAUUUCUCCUGUAAAUCUAAACGAGCUUCUGGAAUUGAAAGCCAAAUAUCCACAAGCACCUCUUGUAGUAGGGAAUACUUGUGUAGGACCUGAUAUGAAAUUUAAAGGUGUAUUUCAUCCAAUUAUCAUUUCACCCACCAGAAUAUUGGACCUCCAUGUGGUGAAGCACACAGAAGAUGGUCUAAUCCUAGGAGCUGCCUGUAGUCUGACUGUGGUGAAAGAUAUUCUGACAAAAGCUAUUUCAAAACUUCCAGCAGACAAAACCAGGAUAUUCAGUGCACUAUUGCAACAGUUAAAAACCCUUGGUGGUCAGCAGAUCCGGAAUGUGGCUUCUUUUGGAGGAAAUAUCAUAAGCAGAAGUUCAACAUCUGACAUCAAUCCUAUUCUAGCAGUUGGCAACUGUAUUCUCAGUGUGGCAUCACAAGGGAAACUACGACACAUACCUUUGAGUGACCUUUUCGCUGAUGGACUUGGAAAUAACACCCUUGAACCAGAUGAGAUCCUAAUGUCGAUUCACAUUCCAUAUUCUAGGAAGGGCGAGUUUGUAUCAGCAUUUCGACAGGCCCAGCGACGGGAAAACGCUUUGCUUAUUGUGUGUGCAGGGAUGAGGGUCCUUUUUGAAGAAGGCUCCAACAUCAUUAAGGAUUUCAGCAUCUUCUAUGGAGGCAUUGGUCCUACUACUCUUGCUGCGAAACAAACAUGCCAAGCACUCAUUGGAAGACCUUGGGAUGAGCAGAUGCUGGCUGAUGCUUGCAGAAUAGUGCUGAAAGAAAUUAUUCUCCCAAGCUCAGCUUCAGGUGGCAAAGUAGAGUUCAGAAGAACACUCAUUGUUAGUUUCAUCUUCAAAUUCUAUCUGGAGGUGCUACAGUCACUGCAGAUAAUGUAUCCUAAUCAGUGUCCCAGUAUCCCUGAAAAUUAUGCAAGUGCCCUUGAACAUUUCCAUACCAAAAUGCCUCAGAGCAUGCAAAAAUACCAGGAUGUGAAGCCAGGGCAGUUUGCCCAAGAUCCAGUUGGACAUCCAAUUAUGCACCAGGCUGGUAUUAAACAUGCCACAGGGGAAGCUAUUUAUUGUGAUGACAUUCGUGCUGUUGAUGGAGAACUCUUCUUGGCUCUAGUAACCAGUGCUAAAGCCCACGCAAAAAUUGUAUCAAUUGAUGCUUCUGAAGCCCUCAAGAUGCCAGGUGUAGUUGAUAUCAUCUCUGUUCAGGAUAUACCAGGCCAAAAUGAGUUUUAUUAUUAUGAUGUCCCAGAUAUUAUAUUUGCUAGGGAAAAGGUGACUUGUGUGGGCCAGAUGGUCUGUGCAGUGGUUGCAGAUUCAGAUGUUCAUGCUAAACGAGCAGCUGCAAAAGUAAACAUAGAGUAUGAACCCCAAGAGCCUGUGAUCCUGACUAUAGAGGAGGCAAUCAAGCACAAUUCAUUCUUUGACCCACAAAGAAAACUGGUACAAGGAAAUGUGGAUGAAGCAUUUAAAAUUGUUGACCACAUUCUUGAGGGUGAGAUCCAUAUUGGGGGACAGGAGCACUUUUACAUGGAAACUCAGAGUGUUCUUGCUGUUCCAAAAGGAGAGGAUAAAGAAAUGGAUGUUUAUGUGUCAUCCCAGCACCCAGCACAUGUUCAGGAAAUGGUAGCCUCCUGUUUAGGAGUACCAGACAAUAGGAUCAUGUGCCAUGUGAAAAGGAUUGGAGGGGCUUUUGGUGGAAAAUUGAUGAAAGCCAGUCUACUGGCAUGCAUUACAGCAGUAGCAGCCAACAAAACAGGCCAUGCAGUUCGCUGCAUUUUAGACAGAGGCACUGACAUGUUAACCACUGGAGGUCGGCACCCUGUCACUGGCAAAUACAAAGUUGGCUUCAUGAAUAAUGGCAAAAUAUUGGCCAUAUAUUUUGAUGCAUACAUUAAUGGAGGAUGUACCGUUGAUGAUUCAGUACUGGUUACAGAGUCAAUGCUGCUAAAAAUGGAGAAUGCUUACAAGAUACCAAAUGUCUGGUCUUCUGCCUGUGCCUGCAAGACAAACAUGCCAUCCAACACUGCUUUCCGAGGCUUUGGUUUCCCACAAGCAGGAUUGGUUACAGAGAGCUGGAUAACACGUGUUGCAGCAAGAUGUGGUUUAUCACCAGACCAGAUCAGAGAAAUAAACAUGUACAAAGAAAAUGAACUCACAUCUUAUAAACAAGAGCUCCAUCCGGAGAACCUUCACAGGUGCUGGAAUGAGUGCAUGGAAAAGUCUGCAUAUCACACCAGAAAACAAACUGUGGAUGAAUUCAACAGGAAAAAUUAUUGGAAGAAAAAAGGCAUUGCCAUUAUUCCCUUGAAGUACCCAGUUGGGUUUUGGACACGUUUCCUUGGCCAGGCUGCUGCUCUGGUUCAUUUAUAUACAGAUGGGUCUCUGCUCCUGACAUAUGGAGGUGUAGAAAUGGGACAAGGACUGCACACCAAAAUGAUCCAGGUUGCUAGCAGAGAAUUAAAAAUGCCAAUGUCAAAUAUUCACUUCUGUGAAACAAGUACAACAACUGUUCCUAAUGCAUGCGGUUCAGUAGGCUCUCAGGGGACUGAUGUCAAUGGAAUGGCAGUGAAGGAUGCAUGCCAGACCCUUCUGAAACAUCUGGAACCCAUAAUUAGUCAGAACCCUCAGGGCACCUGGAAGGAAUGGGCUAAAGAAGCUUUCGAGCAGAGUAUUAGUCUGUCUGCUACAGGUUACUUCAGAGGUUAUGAAGCGAACAUAGACUGGGAGAAAGCGGAAGGCCAUCCAUUUGAAUAUUUUGUUUAUGGAGCUGCCUGCACGGAAGUUGAAAUAGACUGUCUGACAGGAGAUCAUAAGAACAUCAGAACAGAUAUUGUUAUGGACAUUGGAUGCAGUAUCAAUCCUGCAGUGGAUAUAGGUCAGAUUGAAGGUGCCUUUGUUCAGGGUCUUGGGCUUUACACAAAAGAGGAACUCAAAUACUCACCUGAAGGAGUCCUCUAUACACGAGGCCCAGAUCAGUAUAAAAUCCCAGCAGUUUGUGACAUCCCAGAACAGUUUAGUGUAUCCUUGCUGUCACCUUCCCAAAAGACAACAGCAAUCUAUUCAUCAAAGGGGCUUGGUGAAUCAGCAGUUUUCUUGGGGUGCUCUGUGUUUUUUGCAAUAUGGGAUGCAGUGGCUGCUGUGAGGAAGGAAAGAGCAUUAUCUGAGGACUUUGAGCUGAACAGUCCCCUGACUCCUGAACGAAUUCGGAUGGCCUGUGCUGAUCAUUUUACAGAAAUGAUCCCAAAGGACAAAUCCGCUGCUUCAUGGGCCAUCUCCCUUUGAAUUCAAACCAGAAACAUGGAGAACAUGCCAUCAGCCAAAGACAGUCAUUGACUAAUUAAGAAACUCAGUUCAUUUCAAUUCAGUACUUGUUUUCUCAUGGGAAACAAUCAUUGUCGGCUUUAUAUUAGUUAGCAUAUACAUUUCCUAGCCCAGUCAAAUUAUUUUGUACUAGACAACUACAGCAAUUAAAGACAUAUAAUGAUCUGGUUGUGUA